GUCGCAUCUAACAGAAGGCCGGCCGACCUGACUCCCGCUUCUCUUCUCUCCUUCUGGUUUUGUCUUUUGCUCCCGCAUCCCAUCGUCGCUCGCUCGCUCGCUUACCCACCCCUUCGGUCGUCCGCCCGCUGCCAUGUUCUCCAAGCUCUUCCGCGUGUGCAGGGACGACUCCCACAGUUCUUCCUCCGAGAAGCUGAAGCAGUUCUAAUCUAGGUUGAGGAAGCUGUUUUGGUUCAUCCAUUCUACCCUGCAUGGUUGUCUUCGAGAGAUGUUCUAUGACAGGAAGUCUGCUUUAGUAGAGAUGCAACAGGAAGGCACAUGCUGGAACCUGUUUGAAGCUCUUUUGUUGGUAUCAGCUACAGAUAUUAUCAUCAAAACUCUAAAAAUACUUGAGGAGAAGGAAGCUGUCUUGCAAAAGAAGAUUUCUCAAGAGGUUGACAGAGCAAAGGGAUUCACAAGGGCAAAUAAUAAACAAGCUAAAAACAUGGUACAUCAGCAUGCCAAGGUGUCUUACAACACUUCUAAGAUUCAUGCUGAACCAACAUCAGCAAUAGAGUGCCUGAAGAGGAAGAAGUAUUAUGAAGGUAAAAUGGAUCAGGUUGGAACUUUCCAAUUGCACAUACGCAAUCAGGAGAAAAAGCUACAACAAGACUGUCAUCCAACAUAAAGGGGCAAUAGCAGAUUAUAAGCAAUCUGAAGAUCAUGAUGUUAAAAUCAUAUCAGUGACUUCUCUUGAUUCUGACUCUUUGUAGAUAUAGUAGUACAUAGACUUGUGUUAUCUGACUUAGGUGUUCUGGUGCUAAUUGUUUUCUUCUCCGGUUUAAAGUUUUUUUGAUGUAACACAUACUCGAUGAAGGCCAACUUAUGCAUUUGGUAUCAAAAUUUUAACUCUCUGAACA